UGAAAAUACUGCCAUGCAAUCUUUUUUCACUAUUAUAUCAUAAACCAUAAUUUAAACAUUAUAUAUUGUAUAACAAGAGGAAGAAAUAAUUAAUUUUACGUUAUUAUAUUCAUAAAAAUUAUUGAAAUAUCUCAAGCAUAAUAUUGAUUAUCAAGAUAUUACAAAAUGAAAAUAGGAAAAAGACAUUUCGAAAUCGCUACAAAAUGGAUUCCAUCUUUAAUGGUUUAUACAGGAGCGGCUGGUUUAGCAAUGGUUUUUGUCACAGAUUGGAAAGUAAUAGCUGGAUAUAUACCCUUUUAUGGAAACAAAUUUAAGGAUUAAUAUUAUUUUAAUAUAUUCUUUAAUAAAAUAUAUUAGCAAAUGAUCAUAGAAAUUAAAGCCAACAUAUAAAUUAAUAGUAAUAAUAAUAAUAAUAAUCAUAAUAAUGUAAUCAUAAUAAAGUAUAAUAUAUAAUUAUUGA